UUUUUAUUUUAUUUUUAGGGGGGGCGCAUCCUUUUUCCCCUCCCGCCGCCGAUGCUCCGGAGAGAAGAAGGGGAAGAACUUGACAGCCGCCUCGCUGCCCUCCCCUAAAUCUUUUCGUUAUCCCCUCUUCUAUUUCUCUGUGAUUUGACCAUUAUUCGAUUUUUUUUCCCUGCGUUUUUGAGUCGUCGCCGUGUGCCGGCGAGGGGUUUUGGGCUUUUUUUUUUUUUCCCUUCCUUUUUCCUUCUCGUUUGCGCGUCUCCACCCCCGGCGGAGGUUAUGAUGGUGCAUUGUGCGGGCUGCGAGAGGCCGAUUUUGGACCGGUUCCUGCUGAACGUCUUGGACAGGGCAUGGCACAUCAAAUGCGUCCAGUGCUGCGAGUGCAAGUGCAACCUCACCGAGAAAUGCUUCUCCAGGGAAGGCAAACUCUACUGCAAAAAUGACUUUUUCAGGAGGUUUGGUACCAAAUGCGCCGGCUGCUCCCAGGGCAUCUCCCCCAGCGACCUCGUCCGGAAAGCGCGGAAUAAAGUGUUUCACCUGAACUGUUUCACCUGCAUGGUCUGCAACAAGCAGCUCUCCACGGGCGAGGAGCUCUACAUCAUAGACGAGAACAAGUUUGUUUGCAAAGAGGAUUACUUGAACUCCCCCAGUCUGAAGGAAGGAAGCCUCAACUCAGAGGCAAAGCUCCCAUUUGACUUCCUUGGAAGCUGUCUCUGCGUCAGGACAGCAGGAUCAGGCCCACUCCCGCUGUCCCAGCCAUGCCGGGCGCCUGUGCUCACCCCCUUCCGUGGGCUCUCUCUCCGUCCAGCACCCGGGGCCGGAUCCUGCCACGUCAGUCAGUGGGGCCGCUGCUGUGAGCGAGUGUCCUCAUGUACAGACAGGAGUUUGUCCCCGGAUCUCCAGGACCCCAUGCAGGACGACACGAAGGAGACGGACAACUCGACCUCCUCGGACAAGGAGACCACCAACAACGAGAACGAGGAGCAGAACUCGGGCACCAAGCGGAGGGGGCCCCGCACCACCAUUAAAGCCAAGCAGCUGGAGACCCUCAAAGCUGCCUUCGCCGCCACCCCCAAACCCACCCGCCACAUCCGAGAGCAGCUGGCCCAGGAGACCGGCCUCAACAUGAGAGUCAUCCAGGUCUGGUUCCAGAACCGUCGGUCCAAGGAGCGCCGGAUGAAGCAGCUGAGCGCGCUGGGCGCCCGCCGGCAUGCCUUCUUCCGCAGCCCGCGCAGGAUGCGGCCCCUCGGCGGCCGCCUCGACGAGUCCGAGAUGCUCGGCUCGACGCCCUACACGUACUACGGAGAUUACCAAGGUGACUACUACGGACCGGGAGGCAACUAUGACUUUUUCCCCCACGGGCCGCCCUCCCAAGCCCAGUCCCCGGCCGACUCCAGCUACCUUCAGAACUCAGGACCCGGCUCCACACCCCUGGGACCCUUGGAGCCCCCCUUAAGCGGACACCACUCCUCAGAAAACCAAAGGUACACGGAUAUGAUCUCGCAUCCCGACACCCCCAGCCCCGAGCCGGGGAUGACCGGCUCGCUGCACCCCAUCCCAGGGGAGGUCUUCAGCGGGGGGCCCAGCCCACCCUUCUCCAUGUCCAGCAAUAGCGGCUACAGCGGGGCCCUCUCGCACCCCAACCCGGAGCUCAGCGAGGCAGCGGUGUGGUAGGCCUGGUGUGGGCACGUGUGUGUGUGGGGAGGGGGAAAACACCCCCGUGUUCCCCCACCCCACGCGUGUCCCCCCUCCACCCCA